AUGGUAUCCGUUGCUGGUAUGCAUGUACAUGCGAAUUUGAAACAUGUCAUGUUAUCCGGUUUUAUUGCCUCUUUAUAUUUUGUGUCUACGUCACCAGUGUUAGCGGCCGCCAUCAUAGGUCACCGGGACACGGCUGUCUCUGUAAACGAAUGGGACCCCGUGCUUCAGGAAAUCGAAGGCGCACAAUGUGCCGACCUUGCAGUGAUCUUCGCUCGCGGUACCUUUGAUAAAGGAAACCUAGGACCCUGGGUUGGUGGUCCGUUCCGUGAUGCCUUGGUUACUGGAUCGACGGGCGUCAAUCUGGCGAUCCAAGGCGUCAGCACUAAUAACUACACGGCCGAUUUAGCUGGCUACAUUGAAGAAGGAGGAUCAAGCAGUUGCGCUACGAGUAUCGGAGAGAGCGUACAGAAAUAUGUCUCGUAUUGCCCAGAUGCUAAAGUUGCCAUUUGGGGAUGGAGCCAAGGUGCUCAGUGCGCACACAAAGCGUUGGGCGAACUAGGCAGCGCGGUUACAAAUGUUAUCGCGUUGGGGGUAUUCGGCGAUCCGAUUAGCGUUUGGCAGGACAGCGUAGAUUAUCCUACGAUACCAGAAGGCAUCACGCUCCUAUCGUAUUGCGAGAAGAUAACUUCGGAUCCUCUUUGUACUGAUCCGAUGGAAGACUUCCCACAGAGUCCCAAAGCGUUCAUCGACAGACUCAAGACUAUCUGGGAAGAGGUAGAUACGACGCAUAUGAACGAUGCCCAAAAAGAAGCUGUUGGAGAGCUUCUAGUUGAGCUCCCUAAACAGGCCAUUAAAGAACUCGGCCAGCUCGCGAAGGAUAUCUCCCAAGGUCACUUACGACGCUGGAUGCUGAGUCCGCAACACUUUUGGUACGGCAUCGACGGGAAGGUUAAGAUAGCUGUAGACGAUCUUCUUCGUGUAUAUAAUAGUCAAACGUAG